AUGGUUGACAUACAGUCCAAGAUGAGUGGCUAAAUUUUUUCUUUCAACGGUAACCAUUUCUCCAAAGGGGUUCCUGAUGUUAUCCAAUGUUAAUCUAUCCAUGUGUGUGUUGGCAAUGAACUUACCAGACCGGGAUACCCACUGGGAGCCAGUUGGCGGGAGUCCGUCGUGAAACGGGUCGUGUCUGGAUAGACGUGGUUUAGAGUCAACGAUAUUGAGGAUUAAUAGAGACUUUAAUUUCUGUGUAUUGUAAAUAAUAGCUGUAAAAAUAUGUUGUAAAUAUUGUUUUUAUUGAUUUUAUUUAUAGAUAAAAAAAUUGUAAAUAGAAAAAAAAAAUUUGUUAUAUCUGACUGGACAGAGCACGACGGCUGUCGUGACAAAUUGGUGUCAGAAGUGGGAUUAGUCUGUUCAGUCAGGAGUAUUUUUGUAUAUUACACUUAUGUUUUUUUUUCUUUAAUCAUUUUUGUUGUAUUUUGCAGUCAAAGAGUUUGUAGAUUUUUGACAGUCUCAGGGUGUGAGUACUUGGUUUAUUGAUGGAGCCCCAAAUGGAGAAAGCUAGGUUACCGUUGCUUUGUUUCGUAUGAAUUGAGUUUGUAUACUUAAUUUAUCUGUUGAGAUACUAGUAUACACAUUUUUGAGAAAGAUUUUUCACAUUUCAUUUUGUUUUGAAAAUCAAUGUUGUUCUACUGGAUUGUAGUAAUAUUUUUCAUAUUUAGUCAGUUAGUGUUAAGUUCUAUUACAAUGUCGACAUUGAAAGAACUUGCAGAAUAUGGACAGAGUCUGAACUUGACUGGUGCGGACUUGCAGCAGUUUAUACAGCAACAACAGGCACAUCAGCGUGAGCUACGAGCGGCGGAAAGGGAGAAAGAGAAGCAGGACAGGGAGUAUCAUCUCAGUAGAGAAGCACUUGAAAUUGAGAAACUCAAACUACAGGAAAAGAAAGGUAUGGAAGAGAUUGAGAGUAAAUUCAUGCAAACUAUUCAAACCUUAGAGCAAAAGUUAGCUGUAAAGGAGUCAGAAACGAAAUCAGAAAAUCCUAGUAAUGCAAAGUUUCCAAAAAUGCCUGUAUUCGAUGAAGUUAAGGAUGAUAUCGAUUCUUAUUUGAGACGUUUUGAAAGGUACGCUGCAGCACAGAAAUGGAAGUUUGACAGUUGGGCUGUUAACUUGAGCGCACUACUCAGAGGUCGUGCACUGGAUGUAUAUGCACUGUUGCCGCAGGAGAAAGCGUUGGACUAUGAUGCUUUGAAGACGGCGUUACUAAAAAGGUUUGAAAAGACGGAGGAUGGAUUUCGUCAAAAGUUCCGUAAGAGCAGACCUGAGGUAGGGGAAACUUUUUCACAGUUUGUUGUUCGUCUCGGUAGUUAUCUCGAUAGGUGGAUUGAACUUGGUCGAGUUAACAAGACUUUUGAUGGCCUCUACGAUAUGAUACUCAGAGAUCAGUUUCUGUUCAUGUGUAACAAAGAAUUGACAUUGUUUUUGAAAGAACGCAUACCGAAAAACAUCAGAGAAAUGUGUGAUUUAGCAGAUCAGUUUAGAGAGGCAAGGCAUGUUAACAUUCAGACAUUAGUUCAUUUUAGCAAGAAAGAGAACUCUCCAGGAAAAAGUCAGGCAUCGAGAGAACAGGAACAGCGAGAUCAGAAACCAGGAUUGAAGUUUCAACCCAUGAAAACUCCAAUAAAGAAAGAAGUUCGUUGCUUCAAGUGUGACAGACUGGGCCACAUAGCAUCUCAGUGCCACCAGACUCAGAAGAACCGGAACUAA